AGAUUCGAUGCAUAGCACAGUAAUAUUUUCGAUAUUAACGAAGUAAGCGAUGAAAUUUAGCAAUUGCAAAGAAAGUAAUGGACACAUAAACGUUAUUAUUGUCGAACAAGUCACAAGAAUAAUUGCAAUAAUUUAGAUUUGAAUUUUGAAAAUAAUAUGGUGAUAAAUAUCGUAUUUAGAUAUAAUGUACAAUCCUUUUUAUAAAUGUUGUAUAAUACUUUACAAAAUUGUGAGGCAAUUAAACGAAAUUUUUGUGUUUAUUGAUCCGGAAAGUUACUAAAAAAUUGUCAUAUGUGGAUCAGCAUUUAACAUCUAAUUUGAUUGGUUACCGAAAACAACAUGGGAAAACAUGUGAUAAAUUAAAAAUGAUAGACCUAAUUUUAUCAAGAAACAAUGUCUUUAUAUGGAGUGCAGAAGACUGGUUGAAGCUUAGAAAGGAUUAUCGAAUAAUUGGAGAACUUAUAGGUUGUCUUCCAAAGAAGCCUAGGCAAGAUAUAUUUUUGGGUCUUCCAUUGCUCUUACAACCAGAAGAAGUAUCUCUUUUGCUUGAAAAGAAUAUUGCACGUCUUGUACGAUAUUCAUGUCUUCAAAAACCACCGUCCAAUUCUCUAAAACAAGCUUUUGAAGAAUAUAGAAAUACAUUAUAUGUAGAACAAGAAAAAUGUUUAAAGAAAGAAAGACAAAAACAGAUAAUUGGUAUGAUGGACAAAAUUGUAGAAGGGAAAAAGCUAAAAAUGCUUGGGAUAGAUACAAGGAAGAAAAAAGUAAUGAAAUCAUUAGAUCCAAAAGUACAAGCAGCAUUUAAUAAUAUUGAAAUAAAUAGACAAGAUUUAUUAAAGGAAGAAAUGGCAAAAUUACCCAAAUUAGACAAAACUGAAGCUUUGAUUCAAACCCAUACAGCUUACCCAUGGACAGAUAAAAAUGAUAUAGAAAUAAUAGAAUGGAAAUAUCCUUCAAAUGAGAAACAACAACUUCGAUAUAAGACAUAUAAAGAUUUAUGGGAAAGAGGAUAUUAUGUAACAAAUGGAGAAAAAUUUGGAGGAGAUUUUUUAGCUUAUCCUGGAGAUCCCAUUAUGUUUCACUCCCAAUUUAUAAUUUUAUGUAAAGAUAAAAAAGAGGAAAUUCCAAUAACUGAACUUUCAGCACAGUGCCGGAUUGCUUGCCACGUUCGAAAAACACAAGUAUACGCUUUCUUUUCUGAAAACCAAAUCAUAAAAUACCAAUCAUUCCAAUGGGCAGAAAGUGCUACAUUUGAAAAUGUUUAACAAUACUUGAAUAAUAUUAUAUGAUUAAACUUAUGAAACAUUAGAAAACAGUC